UGUUGUUCAGUAUGCCUUGCCAACAUUAAUAAAGACGUCGACCUGCGUCGACGUUACUGCCUCAUGCCCAGCCUCAAGCCUCUCGCCCCAGCCUCGCCCUCACAUUUGGCGCAGUCGACAAAGAAUCUCGCCUCGCCGUUCGCUCACGCCGUGCCGCCGCUCCCGCCAAGCCCGCUUAGUAGCCGCCAUUGUCUACCUCCCUGCUCACGCCAAGUAAGCGCCAUGCCGGGAUUGAAUUGGGCCGAAGUCGACGCUGCCACCGUCGCAUGCUUCAGCACCGAGUUUCUGCAAUCCGAGCUCAUUCGCCGCGGAAUCGACGCUACCGGGUCAAGAGACGACGUGAUUCAACGUUUGACAGCGUGCCUGGAGGAAGUUCGUGCAGCGAUUCCGAAACCACCGAGACCGGCCUCAGCGCCAGUUUCCUCGACCAGAGUGCAGUUCCAUGCCUCGCCCCUGACUCCGACGGUUUGUCAAGCAAUACCAGGUGCAACGUCGCAAGUGUAUGCGCCCGCCUCGUACGUCCCACCGCCACCGUGGUCCUACCCCACGCCGCCGCUCGUUUGCGACGCCGCAGCCGUGCCAACGCAAGUUUUUUCGCCGCCACAGGAACCGCAGCCUUUUGUAACAACACCCGGCUUUGUAACGGCUCCGCGGUACCCCCAGCCACCAUUUGGAGUGCCAUUUUCGCCAAUGUCACCGCAGUACCAGGCCCCUUCCUUGCCACAGCUGCAAGUGACAACCAUGCCGGACUUGUCGGCUACCCUGCCAUUGUUCGAGGACUGCCACAAGCAAAGUGCGCGUUUGUGGAUUCAGGAGAUUCAACGAACACAGCAACUCACUUCGUGGUCGCCAGAAACAACACGCCUCAUCGCCGCAAGCAAGUUGAGAGGCACUGCGAAAAACUGGCACCUGACUCUUGGCGCGCAGUUCCCGACUUGGGAUACGUGGCGUAAAGCUUUCCUGGACGCAUUCGCCGACGAGCUGACUCUACUGCAAUGGCAGCAGCAAAUUAUGUCCCAAGUACAGUCCAGCUCUCAGUCACUUCGCGACUAUGCCUAUGCAAAGCUUCGAGUAAUCGAGAAAUGUCCAGCGCCACUGACGGAGCCUCAGAAGGUGGAAUAUCUCCUGCACGGCAUUCAGUGCGCGGGAACCGCAACAAGCAUAGCAGCGCAACGCCCAUCGUCAGUAUCCAACUUCAUUGUUAUAUGCACUCCGCUUGACAGGGCUAUGCAACAUAUGCAGAUCGCUAGCAACCCGGCUGAUCUUCCUGAGCAGACUCUUCGCAGUCAAAAUAACGGGACUACGCCAUCCAGACAAGUCUCUUCUGCGUCGUUAAUGCCUUCAACGGCACCUCCAACAGUCAGCAGUUUCAAGAAAAGCCGUGUGCCCCCGUCUCGCCCUGCCAGUCCUCCACAUAGCCGUCGCAUAGCAGAUCUACCGCCUGCUGAACAGGAAGCUCAGUACUCGGCUCUGUCACAGCGUUAUGGUGUCCCUGCGUUUCGCCCAGGACAGUCAUUGAGUGAAGCUGUUUGCUUCAAGUGUCACGAAAAGGGCCACCUAGCAUCGAAGUGCCCAACAAAGCAAGAGACUGUCACACAGCAGCCAGCCACAGCUUUAACAUCACUUCAUGCAGCAGCCCCUGCAUUGCACACAAGCCCUUUGGAAGACGUCCAUGGCUAUCAUCUGGAGUGUUCCUUCUUUACAGCUGACAUUGCACUUUUAGGCCCCUGCGACGCCUUCCCAGACAACAGGGUCCAAGAUAACUAUAGUGACCAAGUCUGCCAUCAAGAAUCUUCCACUGAUGCCCUGGACACGCGAGCCCUUAGAGGUUGUUGGUGGAUCAAGUGUGCAUCCCGAAGGCACGGUCUGCCUGAAAAUUACAGUGGGCCCCAUAACAGCUCUAGUGGAAGCCGCUGUGAUCAACAAUAAUGUCUUACCAGUUAUACUGGGUGAAGAUUGGUUUCGUGCCAGCAAUACAAGACUUGUAUUCGAGCCUCCAAAUCCAGCUGAAAUCCACCAUCUGGCCUCUGGUACAGUCAUUCAUGCACACCAGAAGCUGUAUCCACGUGCCUCAUGCGCAGUAAUUCUUCGGCAGUCUUUCCUAGCUCAAUGUACUGAAGUACCAUGUUCAGGCGGUCUCCAAGAAGCACCUCUCCCAGGCAUGGAGCCCCUUUGGAAGCCUUUGUGCAAAAGCCAGCCAGAACAAGCCACUGUUGCACCAGAAGGUACAGUAGCCAUAACCAUUCAUCCUGACCUUCCACCUGCUUUUGUUGUAAAGGACCUAUCAGAGAGACAGCAAGUAGCUCUGGCUACGGCCCUUUCAGAUCAUCAUCUCACAUUUGCUCGUGAUGAGGAUGACAUCGGCCAUUUCAAAGGUGUGGAACAUUGCAUAGACUUAGUGCCCGAUGCCGUGCCGUACAGCAGAAGUCCAUAUCGAUACUGUGCAGAUGACCACCAGUUCUUGGAUAAACAAACAGCAAAGCUCUUGCAUCAAGGCAUCAUCCUGCCUGCCAUUGGGCCAUGGGCCUUUCCAGUGAUUGUUGUGUCCAGAGGACAGAAAAAGCUCACCGUCAAUGUUGUACAUCCUUUGCCCCAUGCUGAUGAUAUCAUGCAAGACGCCGCCGGCAGGUUGGACAUCAGAGUCUACUUGGACGACAUUCUCGUGUUUGAAGACUUCUUGCCUGGCGUUACUUAGAUCAGAAACUGCAUCCGCUUUGCCGCUGAACGCUCAGCGCCCAGUCAGAGAGCGCAGACUGCCCACCCAUCUUCAGGACUAUGAAGUGGACUUUUGAAAGUGCUGUGCUUGUGCCUGUUGCAAUUUCUUUAGAGUUUGUCUUUGCCUUUAGAGUUUGUCAUCGCAAUUUUGACUUUAAUCCAUGUAACACAUUUAUUGCCUUGCCUCGUCUGUUACUAUGUGCCUGUCAUAUGCCUCUGUUUUCCUGCCUCGCCAUUCAUGCCUAGUAUUGCUAUACAUUGCCUGUUGUCCAUGUCUAGCAUUUUCUCCCCUUUGCCUAGCCUUAGUUGACCAUUUUAAUCAAAGAGGACUUUGAUCAUAAAAGUGGGGCCGGAUGUGAGGUGCCUCCGAGACUCCCACGUCCACUUCGCCAGUCGCCCGACAGAUGGCAACACCUGUCUGGCGUUCUCCCCUGCUUUCCCGCCUUUAGCUUGGAGAGCAGAGCUGAGUGAGAGUGUCUGCCCCGCUGCCAUGGAGGACUGUCGUGUUGAGUCGCGCUAGCGCGCGUUAGCCCUUGUAUUGUUCAGUAUGCCUUGCCAACAUUAAUAAAGACGUCGAC